AUGGUGUCCCUGAGCGACUUCCAGUGGAUCGGAGUGGGCCUGGUCGGCUUCGGCCUCUUCUUCCUCCUCUUCGGGAUCCUCCUGUACUUCGACUCGGUGCUCCUGGCUUUUGGGAACCUCCUCUUCCUCUCCGGCCUGGUCUUCAUCAUCGGCUUCCGGAGGACCUUCACCUUCUUCUUCCAGCGGCCCAAGCUGAAGGGCACCAGCUUCUUCUUCGGGGGGCUCCUCAUGGUGCUCAUGCGCUGGCCCAUCCUGGGCAUGCUGCUGGAGGCCUACGGCUUCAUCUCCCUCUUCAAGAGCUUCUUCCCGGUGGUUUUCGGGUUUUUGGGCUCAGUGACAAACAUCCCCCUGCUGAGCCAGCUCCUGCAGAAAAUGGGGGACAGCGGCUCCAUGGUGUGACCUGACCAGUCCUGGGCGAGUGGCUGCGAUGGGACAGGCUGGGAGAGCCCCAGGGCCGGCUGUCCCCAAG